AUAGGAGAUAUUAUAUGUGAUGAAAACCAUUUGGAAGAAAUGAAAUUGUUCGUAUUUUCCUUUGCGAUUCAUGUUUGUCUUCCUUCUGACCUGCAUGGGAAAUUUGAGCUGAGUUGUUAUGGUUCACAACUUGUCUGGAUCAGUUGACCUGAAGGAGGACACACCUUUUCUUUAUCCUAUUAACAGUAUAUCCUGGAAAAACAACACCUGGAGAUGGAGGGAGCAUGUGGAGAUGGGGGUGGGCGUAUCCCUGUUGCCAUGGUAACCGGAUCUUCCCAACGCCUGGGAGCCUGCACAGUGAAACAUCUGCACCAGGCAGGGUACAAUGUCAUCAUCCACUACAGGAAGUCCCAGGCUCCGGCUGAGGAGCUGGCUCAGAGUUUGAACAGUGUUCGUCCCAACUCUGCAACCACAUUGCAAGCAGACCUCUGUAAGGGGGAUACUGAGAAAAUGGCAAAGGAGCUGAUCAUUGCUGCAGUAGAGAAGUGGGGUCGGCUGGAUGUCCUUGUGAACAACGCCUCAGAUUUCUUCCCCACCCCUAUGGGCACUGUAGACGGAGACCAGUGGAAGACUGUCAUGGGCAGCAACCUUAAGGCACCCUUCUUCUUGUCUCAGGCAGCAAUCCCACAUCUCAAAGCCACAAAGGGCUGCAUCAUCAACAUGGCUGACAUACAUGGCCAGCGCCCUCUGGCAGGUUACUCUGUGUACUGCAUUGCCAAGGCUGGACUGAUCAUGUCCACCAUGGCCCUGGCUAAAGACCUUGCACCAGACGUCAGGGUCAAUGCCGUUGCACCAGGAGCUAUCCUAUGGCCUGAUCAGGAAUGGGACGUUAACAAUUCUUUAAGUAGGAUACCAAUGGGCAGGCAGGGGAGUCCGGAAGACAUAGCAAAGGCUAUCGUUUUCUUGGUGAAGGAAGCUCCUUAUGUUACUGGUCAAGUCUUACCUGUGGAUGGGGGAAGGUCACUCAGUCAGUAGCCCUUUACUUGAGGCCAUACCAAUUUAAUUUCUUGGUUCUUGGAUUCUUAAAAGUGCAAAUAUAGCAAGAGGACAUCAUAAAGCUAGAGUGUAGGGAGGAAAACCUAAAUAUGACUGUAUUCAUAUCAUAAAACUGAGUGCACCAAGACACUAACCUGGUCCUCAGGCUACAGCUACAUUAUCAUUAUGUUUUUUCAGGUAAGGGUUUUUGACUUUUUUUUAAAUCUGAGAACCGACAAAAAAAAUUGGUGUGGCCUAAAGUCAGGUUGAAAAGACGCUGCUGUAAGAAUCACGAGUCAAGAAUCAUGAGUCUAAAGUCGUUCAUAUGAAAAAAAUUAAUAUUAGCAUAUUACUCAAUGGUUUUAUGGUUUUGUAACAUUUCCAUCACAAGUGGGUUGGGUACUGUUUUCUUUUUCUUGAAGUUUACCUUGUGCUUUUGUAGACACCUGUCGAGUGUGAGUAAUUUCUCAUAGCUACAGAAAUUUGUAAGA